UCAUCCGUUUUCUAUCCAUUUCCAUCCAUUUUUAUCUGUUUACAUCUGUUUUUCAUCAUUUUUCAUCCUUUUUUAUCUGUUUUUCAGCCGUUUACAUCAAUAUUUGUUCAUUUUCAUCCGUUUACAUCUGUUUUUCAUCCGUUUACAUCAGUUUUCAUCUAUUUACAUCCUUUUUUCGUUUGUUUACAGUCUCUGAUCAUCUCCUGUACUGUGUCUGCAGUCUCCUGUCAUCCCCUGUACUGUCCGCAGUCUCUGGUCAUCUCCUGUAGUGUUUCCGCAGUCUCUUGUCAUCUCCUGUACUGUGUCCGCAGUCUCUGGUCAUCUCCUCUAGUGUGUCCGCAGUCUCUGGUCAUCCCCUGUACUGUGUCCGCAGUCUCUGGUCAUCUCCUGUACUGUGUCCGCAGCCUCUGGUCAUCUCCUGUACUGUGUCCGCAGUCUCUGGUCAUCUCCUGUACUGUGUCCGCAGUCUCUGAUCAUCUCCUGUACUAUGUCCGUAGUCCAUUGGUUCAGAAUAUUUUUGUUCUUGUUUUUCUCCUCUAA